AGAGGAGGGGAAGCGGGCUGGCUCCGAAUCUUUUGCGACCCCCUCCAGCAACCCCUUCUGGCCGCAGCUGAGCGAAGCCUGCCUUGUCCGCCUGUUCCGCAUGCUCGCGGCCGCUCAGCCCAUUGGUCUGGCUGCGGUCACGUGCUGACUAGGGUUGGGGAGGCGAGGGAGCCCUGCCUACCCUUUCGCUUCCUUCCCAACCCAUCCAUCCAUCCACUCACCCACCCACCACCGGGCAACCCAGCGAGAGGGAGCGGCUGGAAGCAACCAGCAGCCAUGGCCUGUCUCACCAUCUACAGCACUUCGGUGACCGGUUCUCGGGAGAUCAAAUCCCAGCAGAGCGAAGUGACCAGGAUCUUGGAUGGAAAGAACAUCAAGUACAACAUGGUGGAUAUCUCCCAAGACAAUGCCCUUCGGGAAGAAAUGAGGACCAAAUCAGGCAACCCCAAAGCCAUUCCUCCCCAGAUUUUCAAUGGGGACCACUACUGCGGGGACUACGAACUGUUUGUGGAAGCAGUGGAACAGAACACCCUGCAGCAAUUCCUGAAGUUAGCCUGAGCUGGCUUCUUCCCUGCCCCACGUGAAAACCUUCCUCCCCACAUGAAAACCAUCCAGGACUUGGAAAUUCUGCAUUCCAGAUGGAUCACCUCCUAAGUGAUUGUCAGCUCUGCGUGACCAACCUCUUCUCCAACUGCCUCUGAAUUGCAUUCCCUCUUUCACUAUGGUCUCCAAAGACCGGCUCAUUUGGCUCAUUUGUUCCUUCGAAUGCAGCUGGGCCCCUCUCCUGUGCCUAUGGGGGUAGACUGAUGCUAAGCUUCUAAUUAAGGACCUUGGGAAGCAGAGCUUUCCCCUACCUUUCCCUCCCGUCCCCCUUUUCUUUCUCAAGCUCAAACUGCCCUUAGUAUUAAAAGGGAAGAGCUGGUUGCUUCUUCCCUUCUUAUCACCAUAUGUCCUUCAAUGUGCAAAUGUCAAUUCCUCUAGUUCCUUUUUCAUUUUAACCCAGGAAAGAGAGCAGCAGACAUCUGCUCUUGCUGGGACGAUUCUUGUCUAGCAAUGCAAAAUGUGCUGCACAUGGUUUUGUGCUCCCGUUGCCUUCUCUGCCAGCUGUUAGUGGGGGGGGGGAGUGUGUAUGUGUCUGUCUUAAAACAGGGUGAGGUAGCCCAGCCAUUCUUAAAGUGGUUCUCCAGAGGAGGGGCCAAGAGCAUUUCUCCUAGUCCAUUAGUGCUUUUUUUCCUUGUGUCCCACCUGGCAAUGGGAAAAAAAAACAUCCCUCCUGCUCCCCAAGGGGGGAAAGGCAAUUUCCACUCUCUUUUAGCCUCAGCUGUUUCCUGCUCCCCCCCCUUUUUUUUGGGAACUGGCUUUUUGCAAACUUGGACCAAGUGCAUUUUCUUUUCUUUUCAAUUUCUGAAAGCAAAAUGUAUAAACAGCCAUGUUUUUGUUAAGAUGCCAUUAAAUAUUGCUUAAAAACCUCCA